AUGUCUUACCAAAAGCAGCAAUGCAAGCAGCCCUGCCAACCACCUCCUGUGGUCAUAACUCCAAAGUGCCCAGAGCCCUGCCCACCUCCAAAGCACCCAGAGCCCUGCCCACCUCUGAAGUGCCCAGAGCCCUGCCCACCUCCAAAGCGCCCUGAGCCUUGUCCACAUCCACAACAGAAAUGUCCUCCUGAGCAGCCUCCUUCGCCCUGCCAGCAGAAGUGCCCACCCAAGAACAAGUAA